AUGAAACGGUUCAAUCAGUUGCACGGUUGUCCUGAGUGGAAGUCGGUUAUAAAAUUCUGUUUAAAGAAAUUACACCAAAAGUUACUAUUGCAACAUAUUGCUUACCGAAAUGGGGGUUAGUGUCAAAUUUUUGCUUACUGCAGUUGUGGCUUGGAGUUUUGCUGGGCAAAUUCUGUUUAUUUGCUCCGGGGAUGCUUAUCCAACCAACGAGUUUUUCUUCCAAGAUGAGCCCCACACAUUGGUACGACGAGGUAUUGUUCAAAAGAAAUUCCAGACAUCGAAAAUCAAUAAUAAUGCAAUAAAAACAAUACUGGAUGACACGAUGAUUGAUCAAGGUAGUGGUGACGAGCCGGAUGAAGAAAUUGGAUCAGGGUUGUUAGAUGGUAGUGGUGACCAGCCAGACGGUGAAAUUGAGUCAGGGUUAGUAGAUGGUAAUGAUGGUGAACCAGAUGAAGAAUUUGAGUCAGCAUCGGUUGAUGGUAGUGGUGAUGAGCCAGAUGGAGAAAUUGAAUCAGGCUUGGUAGAUGGUAAUGAUAACGAGCAAGGUGGAGAAACUGAAUCAGAGUUGGUAGAUGGUAAUGAUGACAAGUCUGAUGAAGAAAUUGAGUCAGGAUUGGUAGAUGGUAACGGUGACAAGCCUGAUGGAGAAUCUGAACCAGGAUUUCAACCUAAACCUGAAACAACUGAGCAAAAUUCAGUUUUAAUUCCAACAAUUAGACCACCCCCACUAGAGCUGGUGUCAAUUAAAGUGUGUGGUCAACGCUAUUACUGUCCAAAAGGAAGCCGAGGUCCGUGUCCGGCCAACGAGAUUUUGGUCGAAGAAAACGGAAGUGACAAUCCAGCUGCAGAGGCGCCGUCAUAUUGCUCCGCCUAUUCAAAUUACCCAUGGGACGGUUGCUUAUCAAAAGUCAGUCAAGAAACUGAAUCUUCCUCGUUAUCGGCCAGAUGCAAUUUGAAAUCGACAGCAGAACCCUGCACCGGAUAUCCACCUAGCUACCGCUAUGAUCCUGUCACGAAAACCUGUCGUCCCGCGGCAUCUUCUAAGGGAGAUUGGCUGGUUUACGAAUGCGGUACGGAUCAAGUCUACAUCGGAUUGAAUAGACAAAUGGGUUCGUGUCAAUGCAUGAAGGAAUUUCACCUUAUUUACACUGCCGAGAAUAAAUGCUAUGAGCCUUUCACUCGCGGGCCUUGUGAGAAGAACAUGUGGCUGGUGCCAUCUAGUCGUCGUGAAGCCAAUUGUCGCCCUAGUCCUUGCCCGGAAAAACAGAUCGACGGCAAACAUUUCUACUGGAAAGGACAUUUUCACGGUCCAGCCGGAUGUUACAAACCGGGCACUCGCGGACCUUGCCCAGAAAGAAGCACGUUCAUUGUUACAGAUUACGUUUUGGGCCACGCCCGAUGCGAACGCGAUUGGAAUUUUUCCAUUUAAUUUCGUCUUACCUCACCUUCGAAUUAAAAUUAAUAAGAAUUAGUAAACAAAUUUACUGCCAAAACUAUGGUAGUUUCACUAGUUUGACAGACUGUGAAUAAAAAUUACAAUUGUUUGAAAAAUGAUUUCAUUGCAAAAUAAAAGUACACUACAUUUCAAGACACAUAA